GUCAUGCCCUGACCACAGCUGCCCUUCAGGAGGCCGGCACGGAGCCACCUGGGGCCAUUGGGCUGUUUGUCAAGGGUGGGGUGGCAGCAACUUGCCACUCUUCCUCCAUAAGCCCAGCCAGAGCCUCCACUGGGCACUUAGCACAAAAAAAACCUUGCAGGAGCCAGAUCUAGAGCGCUGGAAUUCAGCAGGCGUGCCAGGAGAAUUCAACACAGGUGUGCUGCCCCCUCUCCUGCCAGGCGUGUGGCUGCACAGGAGUCUUGCUGAUGGUGGAAUUCAAGUCACCAGUGGCCAAAGUACCCUCCAGGUGUGAAGAGUUGCAGGUCCUCCAAGGAGCCGGGAGCUGCAAGAUUCUGAAAAAGACUUCAAGAAACUGACUCAUCUCGAUGGCUGCCCCUGACGGGAGGGUAGUCUCCAGACCCCAGAGACUUGGUCAGGGGUCUGGCCAGGGGCCAAAGGGGAGUGGAGCCUGCCUGCAUCCCCUGGACAGCCUGGAGCAGAAGGAGACUCAGGAGCAGACGUCGGGCCAGCUCGUCAUGCUGAGGAAGGCACAGGAGUUCUUUCAGACCUGUGAUGCUGAAGGCAAGGGCUUCAUCGCCAGGAAGGAUAUGCAGAGGCUGCAUAAGGAGCUACCGCUCAGCCUGGAGGAGCUGGAGGAUGUGUUUGAUGCCCUGGAUGCCGAUGGCAAUGGCUAUCUGACCCCAGAGGAGUUCACUACUGGAUUUAGUCACUUCUUCUUCAGCCAGAAUAACCCAAGUCAGGAAGAUGCAGGUGAACAGGUGGCCCAGCGCCACGAAGAGAAGGUGUAUCAGUCCAGAGGGGACGAGGAUCUGGGAGACAUGGGCGAAGACGAGGAGGCCCAGUUCCAGAUGCUGAUGGACAGACUUGGAGCCCAAAAGGUGUUGGAAGAUGGAAGUGAUGUCAAGCAGCUCUGGCUGCAGCUGAAGAAGGAUGAACCUCAUUUACUGUCCAACUUUGAAGAUUUCCUGACCAGAAUCUUCUCCCAGCUCCAAGAAGCCCAUGAGGAGAAGAAUGAACUGGAGUUUGCCCUAAAAAGGAAAAUUGCUGCUUAUGAUGAAGAAAUCCAGCAUCUCUAUGAGGAGAUGGAACAACAAAUCAAAAGUGAGAAGGAGCGGUUUCUCCUGAAGGACACAGAGCGGUUUCAAGCCCGCAGUCAAGAGCUGGAGCAGACACUGUUAUGUAAGGAGCAGGAGCUGGAGCAGCUCGUCCAGAAGCAGAAAAGGCUGGAAGGUCAGUGCACAGCCCUGCAUCACGACAAGCAUGAGACCAAGGCUGAGAAUACCAAGCUGAAACUCACUAACCAGGAGCUGGCCCGGGAGCUGGAGCGGACCUCUUGGGAGCUCCAGGAUGCUCAGCAGCAGUUGGAAAGCCUCCAGCAAGAGGCCUGCAAACUCCACCAGGAGAAGGAGAUGGAAGUGUACCGCGUGACGGAGAGUCUCCAGCGCGAGAAGGCCGGGCUCCUCAAGCAGCUGGAUUUCCUAAGGGAAAGGAACAAGCACCUUCGGGAUGAACGGGACAUAUGUUUUCAGAAAAAUAAGGCAGCCAAGGCAAACACAGCUGCUUCCAGGGCAAGUUGGAAACAGAGAUCUGGCUCCGUGAUAGGCAAAUAUGUGGACAGCAGAGGGAUUCUUAGGAGCCAGUCAGAGGAGGAGGAGGAGGUGUUUGGCAUCCCAAGGAGAAGCUCCCUGGGCCUGAAUGGAUAUCCCCUAACAGAAGAGGAGCCAGGAACCGGGGAGCCAGGGCCUGGGGGUCCACACCCCCGGCCGCUCCGCAGAAUCAUCUCCAUUGAAGAAGACCCCCUGCCCCAGCUCCUGGAUGGUGGCUCUGAGCAACCCCUGAGCAAAUGCCCAGAAGAGGAAGAGGUCUCUGACCAGAGGGUACAGGGACAAAUCCCGGAGGCCCCACCCUUGAAACUCACCCCCACAUCCCACCGAGGGCAGCCUGUUGGAAAAGAAGCCCUGUGUAAGGAGGAAAGCUCUCCCUCCGCCCCUGACCGGCUCUUCAAGAUCGUGUUCGUGGGCAAUUCUGCAGUGGGGAAGACGUCCUUCCUGCGGAGAUUGUGUGAGGACCGCUUCUCCCCAGGCAUGGCGGCCACUGUGGGCAUUGAUUACCGUGUGAAGACGUUGAAUGUGGACAGCUCUCAGGUGGCCCUGCAGCUGUGGGACACGGCUGGGCAGGAGAGGUACCGGUGCAUCACCCAGCAGUUCUUCAGAAAGGCCGAUGGUGUCAUCGUCAUGUACGAUCUCACAGACAAGCAGUCGUUCCUGUCGGUGCGGCGGUGGCUGAGCAGCGUGGAGGAAGCUGUGGGAGACCGGGUUCCUGUUCUUCUGCUGGGUAAUAAGCUUGACAACGAGAAGGAGCGGGAAGUCCCCUGGGGCCUCGGAGAGCAGCUUGCCAAGGAGAACAAUCUGAUCUUCUAUGAAUGCAGCGCCUACUCUGGUCACAACACCAAAGAGUCCCUGCUCCAUCUGGCCAGGUUCCUCAAGGAGCAAGAAGACAUAGUGAGAGGGGACACCAUUCAGGUCGGCCACCCUGCUAAGAAGAAAUCCUGUUGUGGCUGAUAGGGUCCCACAAGGACUGCCCCCAGCAAACCUGAGGUCACAGAGCCUGCCCUGAUCCUGCACAUGGCUCCUGCACAGAUGCCGCCCACGGGGGCCCGCCCAGUCCUUUUCUUUGUCAGUCACUCGCCUCCCCCAAAAGGAAGGGAAGCACAUCCCAUCAGGAGAGCUGCUCUUGGAGCAUCUCAGAGUCUUUUCUCUCCUUUCUCUUUCUAGACCCCAGACGCCCAUCCCUCCUUUGUUGUUGUUGUUGUUUUCCCUGACUUAGUUUCCUAGGGGAAAGAAACAGAUGGGCUUUUCCAGAAAAGCCACCACGUGCCUUCUCCACCCCUCUUCUCCUCCCCUUGCCCUUAGGAGCCUCAGCACUGCUGUUGCCAUGACAACCAUGCAGGGCCCGACUUGCGGCUUCCUGCAGGCCAAAGGUACAGCACUCAGGUGCCACCAGGGUAGUUAAUCUUGCUUGGCCCUUGUUCUCUGGCGGCCAAAGGGAUAGUCUUAUACAUGCUUCGUGGACCUUGAGAUACCCAAGUUGUUGACUGCAGCAAACCAGAGCAGCCACAUUCUAUUCUACCUCCUACCCGGGGGCUCUGCUCUUUCCUUAAUCCCAGCUUUGAGCCUUCCCUCUCAGCACCAUGCCCGCUGCCUUUGUCCCCUUGGGUUUUCUGGAACGGUGCCUUAGGGAGAACCCACGGCCUUUCCUCCUCACCCCCCACCUACAACCCUGACUCCAGGGUGGACUGUGGGUGAUAAGUGUAUGCCUGGGGUUAGGAAGUAGGUUGACUUCCUACUUAACUUUGACUGAGAAAUGAAAAGAAAACUAGUGGAAAAAGCCAUCUGCUGCUAAACAGAGCGACCAUUUCUGGAGGGUAUAAAUGAGGUAUAUAUAGCUAUAUAAAAGCCAUUUUCUAAAUGUUUCUCAAAAUAGCUCUUUGAAAAAUCAUACGUGAUGAUUAACAGGGUAGACUGACAUGCAGGCAGUGGGGCCCAGCACGAGGGCCAUAGUUACUGACUUCAUUUUAUUUUCUUUUACUUUAUUUCAGAGCACUGCAUUUUUUUUUUCAGUGUGGCUGUGAUGUUGGCAUUUUGCUGGUGUUUGAGAAGUGAACAGAAUGUAGCUGCUGGCUUCAGCGCCCCCGAUUGCAAUAGCACAGGGCAUUUGGACUGGAGGAAUGAUCUGGGCCCCGUGGGAUUCCUGCAGCUGGGUGGUGGUGAGUUCCCAGCCAGCUCUGGCAUCACACUAGCCAGCCGUUACAGCACUCUUGCCCUGAGUAGGAAGUCGAAUGAAAGUUAUUACAAAGAUAACUGGCAAUCACUGGGCCUGCAGACCCAGGCCCCCACAGGAAAGAGGGUAGUCCACACCCAAGUGGGGCACACAGAGAGGGAGAGGGGCAGAAAGUAUCCACAGGCUUCCAACAAGAUAGUUGAAGACAACCCCACACAGCCACAUGGAUAGGGGAGAGGCCACUGGCCAGAGUUCUCAAGGCAUUCCAAUAGCCUCCUUCCAGACUCCCAAAACAGUCAGAGGCUCUCUGGGUCACCAGGCAAGUACCUACCUCUUUUUUGCAGACUCCUGUCUUUCAUUGAGCACUUGCAGGAACCAGAAAGCCCACAGAGGGUGCUGAACACAAAUGAGGACUGGGUACCAGGAGGUGCUCCAUGAUCCUAAGCAAGCCUGCUCCCUCCUUGGCCCCCACCACAUCAGUAAAACGAGGGGAUGGGGUAUUUGAUGCUUUGAGCUCUUCUUGCUCAGAUGCACAGGAUGACAUAUUUAUUUUCCAUCAUAGGCUGGCCCUGGACCCCAGUCCAAGGUUAAAGAGAAUUUGCAGGAAACUCCCUGCCCCUAGGGAAGAGCAGUGGUGGUGUUCCCAUUAAUAGGAUGAGGCAGGGAGAGGGGAUGCCUGGGUCACCCAGAGGUGGCCCUCCAGUGUGUGUGUGUGUGUGUGUGUGUGUGUGUGUGUGAGAUGUAUGUCACGUGCGUGAAGGGAAAGGAAGGCUAGAAGGUCAUGGUGGCCAUGGAGGAAGUAAACUCACUCUUCUGCUUUUGACAAAAAGCAGAUAUAGCUAUUGGGAUUUAUGGGGCAAGCAGACCAUUCCUGGGGUUCCCUAACCCCACAAAUGUCUUUAUUCCUAAUUCCUUGCUCCUGCUUUCUGCUGCAUUCUUCCAUUUAGAAACAGGCCAUGCAAGGUUUAGGGCAGGGAAGGGUGGCCCUAGUGCCCUAGUGCCUGGCCUUCUGGCAUGUGGGGUAAAUCACCAUGAUUCUUCAAAGGAGAGAGAAAGGAGCAAGGAGAGUCUUUAGGCCUCCAAUGCUCUCUUCCCCAACCCCCCGUUUUAAAAAGAGGAGAGGGCUGAGUGUGGUGCCUCACACCUGUAAUCCCAGCUGAGCCAGAGGAUCAUUUGAGACCAGAAGUUUGACACCAGCCUGAGUAACAUAGCAAGACCCUACCACUACAAAAAAAAAAAAAAAAAAAAAAAAUUGAAAAUUAGCAGAGCGUGGUGGCAUGAGCCUGUAGCUUUAGCUACUCAGGAGGCUGAGCCAGGAGGAUCACUCGAGCCCAGGAGUUUGAGGUUAAAGUGAGCUAUGAUGGUGCCACUGCACUCCAGCCUGAGGGACAGAGUGAGAUUCUGUCUUAAAAAAAAAGAGUGGGGAAUUGGGACUCCAGAGGAACUCUGGGAAGUUCCUUGUCCCCAGCUCUCAGCUCCCCUCCUCCCAUUCAUUUUAAGCCACUGUGUUGAUCAGGGCCACCCUGGGCUGUCACUCUGGCCCAGAGGCUGCCAGAGAAACCUUCUGGCUCUGUGUCAUUCACAUCGUUGUAAUGGCCUUGAGCAAGUCACUUAACCAGGAUCCACGUUCAUCUAUAGAUUGGAAUUUUCGAUGUGUACCUCACAGGGUCAUUUUAGUAUUAGAUGAGAUAAUGUAUGUAAAGUACCUAGCAACGUGCCCAGAAUAUAAGAGGUAUUAAUAAGUAGGGGCUAUUUUUGUUGUCAACAUUGAGUUGCUGUCCUGGCCACUUGCCUUGCCUCAGUUUUAUAUUUAGAACCAGCUAACAGUUACUAAGCAUCUGCCCGGAACUGGGCACUUUCACAAACUCAACCUCGUCUGAGCAUCUGUUUGCCCAGCCCGUUUGCCUGCGUUCUGAGCUCAUACCUGGCUUGCUUCUUGCUGUUCUUUGUUCCUAUGAGUUUCCUGGUUUCCUGGUUUUUCUAUCAGUGCCCAUAGCCUUCCAGUGCCUGUUGCCUGAUCUCAGCACCCAGUCCUCUCUCCCUCCCUCCCUCUCUGUCGUGGUCCAGGAACCACUCGGCAGCUCAGACCUGGUCACAACUCCUGGGUAUUUACCAGUGAAUGGCCUGUGCUCAUUGCCAUCCCUGGCUCUCGCCUGCUCCCCUGUUCUUAUACCUUUUGCUUCUUCUAGGGGCUGAUGCUGCCCUCAGCGCUGAGUUGCCAAACCAAGAACCUCGUCACAACGCAAUGCCCCAGUUGCUUUGCUCCUUGCCUGGCAUUUGUUUCACCCCACACUCCCUGUGGGACUUUUUUUGUUCCCCUGUGAUGCCUUAGCUUUCUCCCUGCUCCUCAUCCUACACUCUUUCUCUAUUCUUAAUACUUCUACCCACUCUGAGAUGCUUCUCCCUGCUUUCCUCCUGGGCCCAGGCCAGACCAUACCUAUACAGUCUAUCAAAAAUGGCUCAACCGUUUGUCUCUGUCACUAGCAGUCACUGCUCCAACGGAGCUUAAACCAACUUCAGCUAAAUGGAAUUGCAACACAACUGGUGGCUUCCAGGGCCAUAUUUAUACUUUAACAAAGAACCGUAGGGGAGGCAAACCUUUAACUCAAAGGAAUGAGACCCUAGUGAUAGGAUAUUAACCACUAUAAUGAGUUAUGGAAGUCAAAUAUUUAGGACAAAGCUGCCUUCUCUACUCUCAAAGACCUCAGUUUGCUUCAUGUAUUUUGGGGCUUUAUCGCUAGGUUCAAAUAUAUUUAUAAUAGUGAUUUCUUCUGGAUGGAUUGACCCUUUAUCAUUAUAAAGUGUCCUUGUUUGUCUUUGGUGACAAUUUUUGUCUCAAACUUGAUUUAUUUAUUUAUUUUGAGAUGCAAUUUCCCUCUUGUUGCCCAGGCUGGAGUGCAGUGGCGUGAUCUCGGCUCACUGCAACCUCUGCCUCCUGGGAGGCGAUUCUCCUGCCUCAGCCUCCCAAGUAGCUGGGAUUACAGGCACCCACCACCAUGCCUGGCUAAUUUUUUUGCAUUUUUAGUAGCGAUGGGGUUUCACCAUGUUGGCCAGGCUGGUCUUGAACUCCUGACCUCAGGUGAUCUGCCUGCCUUGGACUCCCAAAGUGCUGGGAUUACAGGUGUGAGCCACCAUGCCAAUUUUGUCUGAUAUUAGUAUAGCCACUUCAGCUCUCUUUUUAUUGCUGUUUGCAUUGUAUAUCUUUUACAUCCUUUUAAUUUCAAUCUAGUUGUACUUUUAAAUCUAAAGUGAGUCUCUUGGAGAGAGCAUAUAGUUGGAUCAUGUUUUUUAAAUCUAUUCUUCCAAUCUCUUAAUUGGAAAGUUUAAUUUAUUUGCAUUUAAUAUAAUUGAAAAAGUAAGAUUUGUCUGCCACUUUGCUAUUUAUUUUCUAUACAUCAUGUGUCUUUUUAAAUCUUGUGUUCUUUCAUUACUGCCUUCUUUUAGGUUAAAUAGAUAUUUUCUUUAAUUCUCAUUUCAUUUUCUAUAUAUUUUUGAAUUAUUCUCUUGGUAGUUGCCCUGGGGAUUACCAUUAAUAUCUGAAUUUAUAACCAUCUGUUUGUGUUAAUAUCAACUUAAUUUCAAGUAUACAAAAAUGUUGCUCUAAAGUGGUCCCGUUUUCCCCUCUAUUAUGCUAUUACUGUCACAAAUUUCAUCUUUAUACAUUUUGUGCCCAUCAGCAUACAUUUAUAAUUAUUGCCUUACGCAGUUUUUUAUUUAAAUCAGAAAAAAAGAGUUACCAACAAAAAAUAAAUUUGUACUGUUUUAUAUCUGACUUCAUAAUUUCUUUUACUAGCGCUCUUUAUUUCUUCACAUUGAUUCACGUUACUAUCUUGUGCCUUUUCAUUUCAGCCUGAAGGAUUGCUUUUACUAUUUUUUGUAGGGCAGGCUUGUUAGAGACAAACUCUCUUGUUAGAGAUAAACUUUCUCAGUUUAUCUGGAAAUGCCUUAAUUUAUCCUUUAUUUUUGAAGGAUAGUUUUGCCAGAUAUAGAAUUUUUGAUUGACAGCUUUUUUUUUUUUUUUUUUAAAGAACUUUGACUGUGCCAUCCCACUGUUUCCAGCCUUCAUGGUUUCUGAUGUAAAAUUAGCUGUUGGUGUCAUUGAGGAAUGCUUGUAUUUGAUGAAUUGUUUCUCUGUGCUUUCAAAAUUCUUUGUUUUUCAAUGGUUUCAUUUUGACACGUGCAGCUAUGGAUCUUUUUAAGUUUAUCCCACUUGGAGAUUGUUGAGCUUCUUGAAUGUGCACAUUAAUAAUAGUUUUCAUGAAAUUGGGGGAGAUUUUGGUCCCUAUUUCCUCAAAUAUUCUUUCUACUUCUUUCUCUCCUUUCCUUCUGGAGUUCCCAUUAUGUGCGUUUGGCAUGCUUGAUGGUGUCUCACAGGUUUCCGAGGCUCUGUUUAUUAUUAUUCAUUCUUUUUUCUUUAUGUUCCUCAGAUUGGGUAAUCUCAAUUGACUGAUCUUUAGGCUCAUUAGUUCUUUCUUCUGCCUGUUCAAAUAUGCUGUUGGGCCUGUCUAGUGAAUUUUUCUUUUCCAUUAUUGUACUUUUCAUUUCCAGAAUUUCUGUCUGGUUCCCUAUUAUAAUUUCUCUGUCUUCAUCAGUAUUCUUUAUUUGGCGAGACACUAUCCUCACGCUUUCCUUUAGUUCUUUAGACAUGAUUUACUUUAGGUCUUUAAACAUAUUUAAAAUAGCUUAAAGUCUCAAAGAGCUUACAUUGGUAGCCACCUGUCCUGUGCACAAACCAAAUUCUGCUUGCCAAUCUCUGCUUUCUUUCUCACACUUCACACCACCCAGCUAGGACUCUGGCCUUUUUCUUUAGCUUGACCUCUACCCUCCUCUCUAAGGUCUCUCCUUUCUUCUGGAUUCUAAGAAGGAGGAGGCCCUUCAGGUCUGAGAACGCCUCCCCUCUUCCUGAGCUUCUAUUGCCCUUCGGGAGGAGGUGAGCUGCCCAAGGAGUUACCCAGUCUCUCAGGGGAAGUAAAGAGAGGCCAGACAUGCUCAGACAAUCAUCUUCCCUGUCCUUCUAAGAAUCCAGUCAGUCAUCCUACAAAGCUUUACUCAAAAGGGAUUGCAGGGGAAGACUGCAAAUCAGGGCAAAUCUGAAGCUUUUCUUUAAAAAAGCCAGCUUCAUUACUUCAAAAUAAAUAAUGAAAUUAUGGGUACACAUGCAUACAAAACCCAAGACUUAAGUAGCCUGUUGUUGCUGGUUGUGAUCAAAGCCCGAGCUUGGUUUCUGACCUGGUCCUAGGAGCACUGCCACCUCUCCUCCCUUCCUCUGGGGAGCAGAAAGAGGCUGCACAAAUUCCAACAAAGUUUAGUCAAAAGCCAUAGGCUUUUCACUUUAUUGGUUAUUCUAUCCCUUCUUAUCUGUCAGGGGAGAGGGUUAACAGGAUACAACCACCUUCUAAACCUCCUCCCCCACUUCCUAACUCUGUUGAUGUUUCUAUUAAUAGACAUAUUAAUUACUAACAAUAGCAGUGACAAAGAACAUCAUAACUCCACCUUUUACACAAUUCAGUGGAACCAAUUUAAUCAAAGUGCCCUACUUAGGGAGAACAUUGCUAGAAAUGACAGGGAUUGGGAAACCAUAUGGUGCUUGGCAGAGGACCCGAAAUCAACGCAGAAACUGAGGAGCUUGGGCAAAGUGUGUCAUUUAUCAUUCUGGGGCUAGGGCUAAGUCAGGUGCAAGAGCUGACCCCCUCUCAGAGCUGGGACUUCAUUAAGGCUUUGGCUCUGGUUCGAACGUGGUACUUGCAGGCUCUUGUCAUAGCACCAAGAGACUCCUCUCCCAGCAAAUAAGGACUCCUAGGACCAGUGAGGCCUGUGCUAUCAUAAUGAAUUAUGAGUGGAUCCAUCUGACCUAUAAAAACAAAUACCACCCAUAAACAACACCACAAUGCUAAGCAAAAAUGCCUGAAGAACAUAGAGAGAAUGGGAUUUUUUAAGAAAAAUUUAUAAAUAGAAAUCAAAACAUGUGAAGCUCAGAAUGAAUUUGGGAAACAUGAUUGGAACUGGGAUUCACUGAGCACAUGUUGCACUAGGUCAAGGGCAGAGUGUCAGGGUGUGGCCCGACAUCAGGUGCAUGGGCUGUCCAGGCCACUCUGCACUGAAGGAAAUUGCGCCGUUCUGUAUGGUGCUUAUUCAUACACACUGCCCACAGGGCUCCAAUGAUUUAGAGGCACUGGACUGAGCUCCUGAGGGCAGGAGCAUUCGUCUCUGUAGCCACAUGUUUGGUACAGUGUCUGACAAAUAACAUUUACCUUGUAGGAACAACUGAGGGCAGAGCAUCCUUUCUCAGGAACAAGGCCCACCCCCUGGUGAGCCACUCCACUGGAGUCCCAGGUCCCUAACCUGUGGCCUAGGUAGACCUUAGGAUUUGCCUCACUGAUGCAAAUGAGUUGCUGCUUCUUGCUUUUGAAACAAAGUGUUGGCACGUUCCAGCUGCUGCGACUCAACUGCCUUUCACACAGUGUGGUGCCCAACAAAGCAUCCGUCUCAACACCCCGCGGCCUCCCCAGCUGCCGCUAGUAGCAAUCCAUUACCCACAGGCAGCUCAACAACUCAGUUUGACUUGGGCUCCACGCCUCUACACAAAAGAUGCUUCCCUGCCCUGUUCUCCUCCUUCCUGUUGUGAAAACAGCCUUCCUUGCCCUUACCCAGCUGUGGCUCUCUCAGCCGCUUCCUCUAGCCCCAAAGGCCCACUCAGAAUAAGGACCUGCACGCAAGUUGUGUGGCCCUGGGCAAAACCUGGAACUGCUUGAUCUUCUGAGCCUGCUUUCAAAUCUGCAAAAUAGUGCUCUCUGCCUUACUCCCUCACAGGCUAGUGUGAAGGUCAAAAGAGAACUCCUGAGAAAGAGCUUAGUCAGCUGAAAGGCUCUAAACAAAUGAUAGUUAUUACAUCGUCCUCUGUCUCCCCAUGCAAGAGACCAAAACAAAACAAUAUACAAAAGAGAGAGAAGAUCCCACACUUCUUGCACUGGAAAGGCUGAGGCCAUGGGUGAGAGCACCUCCCAUUUCCCUGGGAAAGGAGAAGAAGUAAAACUUGAAUUCCUUCCAUCAGAGACUCAUCUAAGAAUACUUUAUAUCUUCCCACUCUGUUUUGAAGUAGGACAGGGGGCCCAGCAUCACAGACUACGAGGUUCUUACCUUGUAGUUCUGGUCUCAUUCGUUUCUGUAUUUAUCAAGCCUGGUACAUAAACACAGUAGGUAGGUGGAUGGAUGAGUUUGCUGUCCAGUCAAGACUUCAGCUAGCACAUUCCUAAUUGACCUGCCUUUACAUAUAUGGUUUCUAAAAACACUUUCGCACUGGGAUGAUGACAGAGUUCUGGAGAUGGAUGGUGGUGAUGGUUGCACACACUAUUGGGAAUAUACUUAAUGACGUUGAAUUGUACAUUUUUAAAUGGUUAAAAUUGUAAAUUUUAUGUUAUUUAUAUUUUACCACAAUAAAAAAUUUUAAGAAGAAA